AUGGAAGGUGAAUCUAUAUCGUCAAUCAAAGUCGAAGUCGAGCCUGGCAAACAGACUACCAGAUCUGCAGUCAUCAAUAUGCUGCUAACUGGUGUCGGUGUUGGCAUGCUGAGCGUCCCCGGAGCCGUGGCAGAGGCCGGCUACAUCUUGGGUUUUCUUAUUUUGAUUGCAACUGGUAUUUUGGGUAUCCUCUACGUUCAACUGCUUAGACUGUGUAUGACACCUACGACGCAGAACUAUGAAGAUAUCGGCCGUGAUGCCUUUGGUCGAAUCGGCCUUAUCUGUGUGACCAUCGCCCUGAACGCGGCUCUGAUAGGAACAGGUUGCCUUUUGAUGCUCCUGUUGGGCUCCAAUUCUGUGAAACUCUUCCCUCAAUUGGAACAGAAGUAUUGGAUACUCUGUUGGGGAGCUGCUAUGCUCCCAUUAUCGUGGUUACGCACGAUGAAACAUGUCGGCUAUGUGAGUGGUACCGUUGGCGUGGCUGCAUUAGUGAUCCUCCUAGUCUCGAUCGUCAUCGGUGGUAUUCUCCACGCAGUAGAUGAGAAAGAUGUCCAUUCCUAUGACCCCGCGCCGCAGUCCUUCGUUGGGCUUGGUAUCACCUUUGCUAGUAUGACUUUUGGUUAUGCUGUUUCCUGUACUUCAACAACAAUCUUGCAUGAUAUGAAGCACCCUCAUGAGCGAAGUCGAGCGAUAUACAUUUCGAUGAUUAUUCUCAUCAUUCUUUACUGUAUUAUAGCCGCAUCAGGCUAUGCUGGUUGGGGUCAUCAGCUGCUCACCUAUGAUACAGUCAUUGAUGCUAUGGCCCCCACGGGCGAGAAAAUAAGUGUCGUCGCGUAUCUAGCCAUUCUAUCUAUCCUGGUUGUAUGUGCAACCCAUUAUGUUGUGCUUAUGAACCCGUCAUUUCGCAUCGUCGAGAAGGCACUGAAUGUGACAGAUAAGCCUAUCAUCUGGUCUCUAUUGAUACGCACACUUAUGGUUGGAUUCACAAUCAUCAUACCCAUCCUGAUACCCAGUUUCCAAGGUCUUGUCGGCCUUCUAGGUUCGGUUUGCUUCUCGCUCAUCCACAACUUUUACCCCGUCAUUUUCUGGUUAAGAUUAUCGUAUUUGCGGGGUCGCCGUGUAGAUUCAUCCCCAAGAAAGAUAGCAGCUAUCGUGGGGUUAGGUUUCAUCCUCGCCGUUUCGGCUGUUGGUUCGUCCUUUGGUAUAUACCAAUCGAUCAUAUUACUGUAAAGAAUUUCUAGUAAAUACCUAUCAUUGUACAAAUUUUCCACACCUGGAAAUUUCAUCACUCUUUUAUACUCAUUUUCCUA